UUUCAAAGGUCGCUCGAUACUUUUCGUCGGGGAUUUUUAACUUUCUUUUCUCACUGCCUCAAAACACUGUGGCAACUUUUUAAUGUUUAAUUGUCCUGGUUUUUAGCCUCGACUGUCGAGAUUCAUGCAGCAAAUGUGUUUAACGUUUCAAUUCAAAUCGCCAUUAAGUAGCACCUCACACACAGAAAAAACACUCUCGAGUGAAGAUGGCAGUUAUGAAGUUUUUGGUUUACGUUACAUGUUUCUGUUUGUCUCAAGAUUUAGUUUUUUGCGAUGACUAUGGCGAAAGUGGAAACAAGAUCACACUUACUCCAAGCAUCCGUGGAAGGCCUGAAGAAAUACUGUGGACACAUAAUGGCAACAAGGUUCUGGAAUAUGAUGGGAGUGAGGUGGCGAAAUAUGGCUCAUUUAAAGACCGUGUAGAUCUUGAUUUUGAAACAGGACAGCUCACAAUAAGAAAACUAAACAGCCAAGACAGUGGCAAAUAUCAGUCUGAAAUUUGGAUCAAUAGGAAUGCUCAAAUCUCCAGUCAUAAUUUGACAGUUUUGGAUGCUCUGCCGGAGCCUCAGGUGACCUGUGAACUGGAUGAGACUUCACAUUUUAAAAAACUGUCCUGUUCAGUGGUAUCCCAGACUCAGCCAAGCUAUGAAUGGAGUGGACCUAUUAUAAAACAGCUGGGCCCAACACUUCUUGUUAAUGAACAGGAGGAAAACCAUAACUCAGUCUAUACCUGCACUGUGAAGAAUAAAGCUGGAAGCAGGACCACAGACUUUACUCUGCAAGACUGCCACACAGGCAGAGAAAGCCCUGCUGUGCUUGUUCCAGUCUUAAUAGUAACAGUGCUUCUCAUUAUUCUGCUUGCUGUGCUGGCAUUUUACCUCUACAGACGUAAAAAACAAAAGUUAGGGAAGUCUGAACUAAAAAAAAUGGACCUUGAAAAUGGUGAAUGCGAUAACCUGUUGAGUAAUGUACCAACGGAGGCUAUGCCAGGUUCAUCUGAAGCCACACUCCCUUGCCGUACCAGACUUACUGCUCCGAAAGAAUCUAUUGCUGAUAAAAAAUGGGAUCAGGAGAGUGAAUCGGAGAAUGCAGGUGAAACUCAUGAGGGACAAAAACUUUUGAAGGAAAGUCCGCAAUCUGCUAUAACAGAAAAAAACAAAGACGACACAGGAAAUACAAAUGGAGAACUUGAAAAAAAUGAGAAAAACAGCGAAAAUGCAGAUGAAGCAGAAGAAAACGCUAACAGCAAAGCUGAUGAAACAGACACAGAAGUAGAGAGCCAGAAAUCCUUACAAAUCCAAGAAGAAAAGGAGAAAAGUCAGAUACUGAAAAAUGAGAGUGAAGAUGAAGAGGAGUCACCUGAGGAGCAGAUUGAGUCACUGGGAGAGCAGGACACUAAAGAUGCAGAUAAAAAUGAGGAAGACCAGACACCUGAAGAGAAAAAAGAGAAGGAAGAGGAAAACGAAGAGAUAGACAGCCUGAACACAGCUGAAGGAGAACUAGAAAAAAAUCAGAAAAACAGCGAAAAUGCAGAUGAAGCAGAAGAAAACGCUAACAGCAAAGCUGAUGAAACCGACACAGAAGUAGAGAGCCAGAAAUCCUUACAAACGCAAGACGAAAAGGAGAAAAGUCAGAUACUGAAAAAUGAGAGUGAAGAUGAAGAGGAGUCACCUGAGGAGCAGAUUGAGACACUACGAGAGCAGGACAUUAAAGAUGCAGAUAAAAAUGAGGAAGACCAGACACCUGAAGAGAAAAAAGAAAAGGAAGAGGAAAACGAAGAGAUAGACAGCCUGAACACAGAGAUUGUGAGUCCACAGUCUGCUGUGACAGGAAGAAGUACAGUGGACACAAGAAAUGUAGCAGAACAACUACACACAAAUGAGAAGAGCAGCCAAGAUGAAAAUGGUGAACAGUCAAUUGAGCAGCAGAACAAGAGCCUAUGUACAUCUAUUAAUGAGGAUGAGCAGAGGCCAGAAGGGGAAAAGGAGGAGGAAGAGAAAACCGAAAAGGAAAACCACGAGGUGACAGGUAGACUACACAUAGCUGAACCUUGUAAUCCACCUUUGUAUAGUGCAGCUCCCAGUGAUCCUCUGGAUUCACAGUCUAACCUGGACAUCAGUGUUCCGUCUUCAAACCUGAAUAUGGAAUUAGAAAAUAAACCAACUGCAUUCUUCCCUCAAGAGGAAGAUGAUGAUGAUGAUGGUGAGCAGACAGACAAGAGCAGUGAGUCAGAACAAAACAUGCAGGAGAAAAACGAUGUUCCAGAAAUUAAAGAGAGAGAAAAAAAUAAACUUUUAAAAGAUUGUGAUGUAAAGAACAGCGAUCCAGACAACACCAACAAUGGCAUAUCUGUGCCAGAGGACAAGAAAGCCGAAACCGAGACCAACAGCUUCUCAAAACAUGCAAUGAAGGAAGAUCAUAGUUCAGAAAUCAGAGAACAGUAUUUGAAUAAACACUGUACAGAAUGUGAUAAUAAAGUUUAUAGUGAGGAAGGCUGUUUUAUCAGCUGUAAAAGAGGAAGAGAAAAUCUGUCAACUAGAGCCACGUGAAGGUAGUAGUGUCAGCUAAGAGACAGAAAACACUCGAGGGUGGAAAAGGAUGGUGAAGUAUGUGCUUGAACAAGGUGUGGAGAAGUAAUAUACAAAUACGUUAGCAUAAGAAAUAGGGCU